CGAUUUGUGACGGUGACAAUGCUCAAGACGUGGUUUCAGGAAGAAGGAUGGCGCGCGUCGGCGGUGCCGUACCUGGAAGGAACAAUCCUCUUCAUAUGCGUCAUGCAUGUGUUCGAAACGUACUUGGACAUCCGCCAGCACCGGAAGCUUUACGAGACCACACUCCCAGACAAGUUGAGCCGUGCAAUUCGCCAUGUCGACGAGCAAAACAUCGACAAGAAGCAUGGAGGAGUUCAAGGGAAGGGUCACGAGGUCGCGUCGCUGUUGGAGCAAACAACGGCAAAGUUUGAUAAGUGCCGCCUGUACAGCCUCGACAAAAGUCGGUUCAAAUUCGUUCACGAUACAUUUCAAGUUGCCGAUGGACUAGCUAUGCUCGUACUGGGGUACAUGCCGUUCAUGUGGCAGUACUGCCGCGCCCUCCUUGCGUCGUUUGGGUACACGCCUACGAACGAGAUUAUGGUGUCCCUCACGUUUGUGAUACUCACGGGGGCACGAGACGUCGUGCUCAGCAUUCCAUUCGAUCUUUACUCGACGUUUGUGGUCGAGGAGCGCCAUGGGUUCAACAAGCAAACGCUCGGACUGUUCGUGGCCGACAAGAUCAAAGGCACGUUGCUCAGCGUAAUCAUUGGGUUCCCUGUGGUCUCUGCGCUCAUUUGGAUCAUCCGUUGGGGCGGCGACAACUUUGUCGUGUACGUAUGGAUCUUUACCUUCACGUUUACGCUGAUAAUGAUGACGAUUGUGCCGGUGUGGAUCAUGCCUCUCUUCAACAAGUUCACUCCACUCGAAUGUGGACCUCUUCGCGAUGCUAUUGAAGCCCUCGCCGCGUCGGUGUCGUUCCCGUUGACCAAGUUGUUUGUAUGCGACGGGUCCAAGCGAUCUGGCCACUCGAACGCGUACUUAUUUGGAUUUUUCAACAACAAGCGCAUCGUGCUCUACGAUACACUCCUCGAGCAGGCAACUCAAGACGAAGUCGUCGCCAUCUUGGGCCACGAACUCGGCCACUGGAAGAAAUGGCACACAGUUCAAAAUCUCAUCGUCCAGCAAUUGUACAUUCUCGCGAUGUUUUCCGUGUUUGGAAGAUGUAUGCACGACCGCGACCUGUUUGCCAGCUUCGGCUUUAACUCGCACCAGCACGAUCUACCUGUCAUGAUUGGCCUCACACUAUUCACGACAACGCUAUGGGCGCCCGUGGACAAGGUCCUUCAAUAUCUCCUGACGGCCAACACCCGCGCCAAGGAGUUCGAAGCUGACGCGUUCGCCGUCGAUUUGGGUUAUGGCGACCCACUUCAGUCGGCACUGACCAAGAUCUCGCUCGAAAACUUGACCAACAUGAACCCCGAUGCGCUCUACAGUGCGUAUCACUACAGCCACCCUCCACUUGUGGAGCGCCUGGGCGCGAUCGCGGGGCGUAUGCAAGCCAAGUCCAAACGAGAGUAAUGGGAUUAUGGUCGAUCGUUCUCUACGUCAAUUCGUAUGCUAAUGUGCCAAGGAAACAGCUCUCUUUCACCUCAACCGUGUUGAGGUUCAAUGUGGGUGGCAACGAAAUCCAAGUUGACGGAGAGCCUAUGGCUUGUCAUAUUCGCGCGUAGGGGGCGCCAGCACCCCAUACUCCUCCAGCUUCGUCG